GUCCUCGCACGGCCUUCGUCACGUCGGAAGUUUCUCCGGGCACAGGAACGUUGCCAUGGCCGCCACGAGCGUCUGGCAACAAUGGCGGGGCAGGACUUGCCUCUGCCCCGCCAACUGACCAGUAUUCACCCGCCGCCCGCCACUGCAGCACUGCGUCUCGCUGCACACGCCACUCACUGGUGCACACCCGCCCCCCUGCCGGCCGCCCUUCACUUCGUCAGCCGCCAGCCCACCGUCUGCUUGGUCACUGUCUCCCCGCGUGGUCGUCGUGCACAGUAAGCAGGGAGUCGUGUGGCUUCCCACACCCUCGGUCACUGUUGCUGCCUCGCCGUCGCCGCCGCCGCCGUCACCCCUCCCUUCCCGGUGCAGCUGCCUACUCCACCUCGCCUCCCACACCCUCCUCCUCGUCGCCGGUCUAGUCCACCGGCACCACACCCGCCGCCAUGUCCUCCCCGAAACCCGCCGAGCCCGACGUCGCCGCCGCUUCCGGCAAGUACUCACGGCGGCAGUGGGUGACGCUGGUGGUGUUCAGCCUGGCACAGUUCUGUAACGCCGUCUGCGUGUCUCUGCAGGCGCCCUUCUACCCCGGCGAGGCCGAGAAGAAGGGCGCCACGGCGUCGCAGUACGGGCUGGUGUUCGGAGUGUUCGAGCUGACGGUCUUCCUCGUGAGCCCCAUCUACGGCCGCUUCAUGACGCGCCUCGGCCCAAAGUUCAUCAACAACGCCGGCAUCUUCAUCGUCUCCGUCAUGUGCAUCGUCUUCGGCUUCCUGGACCGGAUCAAGAACAGCGACACCUUCAUCGGGUUCUCCUUCGCUGUGAGGAUCGUGGAGGCGAUGGGCAACGCCGCCUUCAUUACCUCCGCCUUCAGCAUCAUCGCCAAGGAGUUCCCCAAGAACGUGGGCGCCGCCUUCGCCACCAUGGAGACCUUCUUCGGCCUGGGGCUCAUCGUGGGCCCCACCGUGGGUGGCGCCCUCUAUGAGGUGGGUGGCUACACACUGCCCUUCGCGGCCAUGGGCGGCGUCCUGCUCGGCGCCGCCGUUAUCACCACCUGCUUCCUGCCCUCCGAGGGCGCCGAGGCCACGCCCGAGGCCCAGGCAGGCCGCGGCCAGUUCUUCGCGGCGCUGCGGCUGCCGUCCAUCUUCCUGGCGUGUUUCGCCAUCAUCUCGGCCUCCAUCAGCAUCGGCUUCCUGCAGGCAACGCUGGAGCCCCACCUGCGGUCCCUGAAGCUGUCGCCCGUGCAGAUGGGCCUCAUGUUCAUCCUAAACGGCUCCACGUACGCCCUGCUGGCGCCCUUCUGGGGCAUGAUGUGCGACAAGUACCUGGCGCCGCGCACGCUCAUCACCUUCGGCGCCGUGGUGGUCGUCCUCUCCUUCACCUUCGUCGGGCCCAUGCCCUUCCUGCCCAUCAAGCUCAGCCUCCCCCUCUGCAUCGUCUCCCUUAUCAUACACGGCAUCGGCUUCGGCGCCGUCCUCGUCUCCACCUUUGCCGGGGCGCAUCGCGACGCCCUCGCCCACGGCUUCCCCGACGACCUGGGGACCUACGGCCUCGUGUCCGGCAUCUGGACCUCCACAUUCGCCCUCGGCUGCUUCAUCGGGCCCUCUGCCGGCGGCGUCCUCAUGGACUACAUCGGCUUCGACUGGACCACGGUGCUGGUGGCGGCGCUGCACGUGAUGGUGGCCCUCAGCACGGGGAUCUACCACUGCUGCGCCACGCCGCCCCAGGUCACCUACCCGGCUAUACACGACAGCCUGGCGCGGGAUAAGGACGAACGGCAGACGCUGCUGGUGCCGGGCCGCGACGACGACGACUCCACGUACGGUAGCGCCGGGUCCUCGCGGGAAAACCUAGGCACGCUGCCCUAAAGACCGCCCCUCAGCACCCCUGACGUCGUGCAGGGGGCGCCAGCUGUCGUCAGCAGAGGGCGCGGUCCUCUAAUCUGGAGGGGCCUCUGUUCGGCCACCAAUGGUCUGACAAAUAUCAGGCGGGGCCGCGGGCGUGAGAACACGCCCACACCGCCCGGCACGGCCUUGUGAUAUUCGGCAGGCACGCCGCCGCCCUGCCCCCCUCGUGCCGCGGCGGCCCUGCACGCGCGCACACCAGCUGUUACUUGCUCAGUUUGUGAAUAAUGUAUUUUAUGUGUUGUACCGUUACCUGACGUUUAUGAAGUCGACGUAUAUAUAUAUAUAAUAGUUUAUUAAACCGAUCGUUUAAGUAGGCGUGCGUUUGUCUGUAUUCCCGUGUGUGUGUGUGUGUGUGUGUGUGUGUGUGUGUGUGUGUGUCACCGUCCAAAGUGGCCCUCCUCACUACAGCUGCUGCUGCUGCUAUGCCCUCUGCAAGUGACCUUCAAGUUGAUGCAACCCCCCCAACCCCCCCACACAGCCCUACCACCCCCACCCCACCACCACUCCACGGACCCGCUGCCGGCUGACCCAUUCUUGCUCUGGAGGAGGAGAAGAAUAAGUUGGAGGCAAGGAGGAGGAGGAGGUGGUGAAGGAGGAAGACCUGCCGGAGGAGGGAGGAGGUGGUGAAGGAGGAAGACCGGCCGGAGGAGGGAGGAGGAGGAGGAGGAGAAGGAGGUGAUGGUGAUGGAGGUGCUGGAUAAAAACGUGUGUGUGAAUGGAGAGGAGGAGGAGGUGCAGGCGGCGGCGAUAUCUGGGGUGUGCACACAAGAGAAUCCGUCAAGGCCGGCGUGAUACACAUGUACACACAGACGUGAGUCGUAAAAGCGUGUGCGUAGAUAAUUUAGCACAAGACGUACGUACAUGUGUGUGUGUGUGUGUGUGUGUGUGUGUGUGUGUGUUCAAGCUGUCAUGGUCGUUUUGUGUAAUGCUUUAGGAGGAUUAGGCGGAGCAGAAGGUGGAAGGAGAAGAAAAAAGAAGAGAAUAAGUAUAAUCAGAGUGACAAGAAGAAGGAGGAGGAGGAAUAGGAGGUUUGGUGGGUGGAGCAAGAGGAGGAGGAGGAGGAGGAGGAAUAGGUUUGGUGGGUGGAACAAGAGGAGGAGAAGGAGAAGGUUUGGUGGGUGAAACAAGAGGAGGAGGAGGAGGAGGAGGAGGAGGAGCAAAAGGAGGAUUGGUGGGUGGAACAAGAGGAGGAGGAGGAGGAGGAGGAGGAAAAGGUUUGGUGGGUGAACCAAGAGGAGGAGGAGGAGGGCCUAGUAGAGUGACCUUGACAAGUCCUCCCUGAUCUAGAAAAGAAAAUGGAGUGUGUGUGGUCAGUUUUUCUCGUUUUUUUGUAGGCUCAGCUCUCUCUCUCUCUCUCUCUCUCUCUCUCUCUCUCUCUCUCUCUCUUUCCGUGCGCUACUAAUUUUAACACCACUUGGAUAUCGUCUUUCAAUAUUCUACUAACUAUCGACACCGCCUCCUCCUCUUCCUCCUCCUCCUCCUCCUCCUCCUCCUCCUCCUCCUCCUAAACAAACCAGCCCUUCACGCCUCUUCUUGUUGACUUCAGUAGGACUUUCACCGUCGUUUAUUUACUCAGAACCAAGGGCGAGAGAGAGAGAGAGAGAGAGAGAGAGAGAGAGAGAGAGAGAGAGAGAGAGAGAGAGAGAGAGAGAGAGAGAGACUGUUUAUUCCUUCUCCUGACAGUUUUUGAUAAGAAGUCGUUUUGAAGAAGGAAAAGAGGAAAAUAAAAGGAAAUAGAGAAAGCCGAGAAAAUAAAGACGGUAAAGAGAAAGAAAAGGUGAAGAGAAGAAGAAUUGGGGAAAAAAGAAGAAACGAGGAUGAUUUGAUCUUUGAGAGAGAGAGAGAGAGAGAGAGAGAGAGAGAGAGAGAGAGAGGACAGGUGUACAUACGAGGUGACAGGUGGUUUUUUUUUAUACCUAAUAUAAAUUAUAAAAUAUGGAAGGAAAUUAUUAUAUAAAAAAUAUUUGUUUAUAAUAUACAAGAAUAAAAAAAAAAGUUUAUACUAUACCAUUAAGUGAAAAAAUAAUAAAAUGUAUGAAAGUGUG